GGUGACGUAUGACGUCGUUACGUAAACCGUUCGGCGCAAAAAUUCAAACCCUGAACAGGACCUAAGCCGCAGCCACCGCUGUGUUCUCUUAAGCAUUUGCUAAUUAUAUUUCUCGUCUUUGAUACAGCUAGAGAGGAUAUUACGAAUUCGAAGAACAACACAGUAAAAUCAAAAUGAGUACAUCUUCUACUCCUGAUUCCCGGAUUCGUCAGGGAUGGACAUCCUCUGUAUCAAAAAACAAGGGUAUCACUGCUGCAACACAAAGCACACCACUGCUGGCUGCAUUUCCCGGGAAUGACGACGAAAAAGAACGUCGUCAGCGCCGAAGGUCAAGAGUCAUCGACCUUCAAAGUGUUUCUGACUCUUCCUUUAAUGAAUCCGCGUCUCAUAGCGUCACAGGGACUCCUGCAGCGGUGCCAAAGUUGUCAAAUGCACAGAUCUCAGAGCAUUACUCCACAUGCAUCAAACUCUCCACUGAAAAUAAAAUCACCACCAAAAACGCCUUUGGUCUUCAUCUGAUUGAUUACAUGGCUGAUAUUCUCAAGCAGAAGGAUUCUGAACUCACCAACUUCAAGGUAGCAGCAGGCACUUUAGAUGCCAGCACUAAAAUCUAUGCUGUGAGGGUGGAUGCUGUUCACGCUGAUGCCUACAGGGUGCUGGGUGGUCUGGGGGCCGAAACCAAACCAGGAGAGGACUACAGAGGGACUGAGGAGGGCAGAGAGGACGAAGGAGCGCCAGGUGAAGUGACUGCAAAGCAGCCGAAGAAGAAAAGACCCCACAAAAAGACAGUGGAGCAGAACCUGAGCAACAUCAACAGUCCCGAGUCUGAGAGGAAGUGUGAGGUGGACCCCAUGUUUCAGAGGAUGGCCUCGUCCUUUGAUGAGAGCAGCACAGCCGGCGUCUUCCUGCCAGUUCUGUUCAGUGAGAGCAGUCGCUGCGCGUUGCUCUUUCCUUCCUACUUCACUCUUCUUCAGUCCAAACCGUCCUACUCUCCUCCACCACCACAGACCGUCUCUGCUUCCCCAUUCAAGGCUGGACUUGAUCGUUCUCAGGAAAAAAGUUCCAUCUGCCCCUCAUUGGAGGAUUUCUCCUUCACCAGCUGGAAUCCAGAGCAGACCAUAAAUCAGCUCGUGGAGAAGAUGAAGCAAGGUGAGCACGUUUUUGACAUGAACGCUGAGCCAGAGCCUGAACCACAGGAUGACGAUUGUCCAGACUUUGAUGCUGACUAUGAAGAAAGACUUGGGGAUUGUGAGGAGGGACACAAGGAGCGCAAAGAGAGUUGUGAGGCCUCAGGGUCUGGCAAAGGAAGGGAUGUCAUUCCCAUUGGAGAAGGAGACAUUACCACCAUGUGUCUGCAACUCUCCUCUCAGCCCAGAGAGUAUUCAUACUUCAGCCCCAGGACAAUGGCUACGUGGGCUGGACCAGGAUACUGGCAGUUCAAGCCAAAACACAAGCUGGACCACUUACCUGAUAAAGAGACACGGAAGAGGAAGCCUAGGAAGACAUUUGAAAUAGAUUUCAGCGAUGACGUCAACUUUGACACCUACUUCCGAACCACAAGGGCUGCUACCACCAUCACCAAGUCUGCUCUCAGUGCUAGUAACAAGAAGACAACGCUCCCAGCAGACUUUCAGUUUCCUCCAGAGACUCUGUCACAGCUCAGCCUCAAACCCUCCAGCACGUUGACCCAGGAAGGGCAAAAGAGACUGUCUGGAGAACUUGGAGAAGGGAUUGGAGACUAUGAUUACAACAACGCCAAUGACACUGUCAACUUCUGUCCUGGAGUUCAGGGUGCUGACAGUUUUGAAGAUGCUGAAGGUUUUGCCGGUUCAGAUGAUGCACUGCUGUCAGGAGAUGAUAGGCCUUCAUCCUCUCAGGCUCUAGAAGACGUCUCCACCUAUGGAGAGGAUGAUUUGGUUCCUGAACCUCACAGAGUCAACAAGAUUGAGAUUAAUUACGCAAAGAUGGCAAAGAAAAUGGACAUGAAGAGACUGAAGAAUAACAUGUGGAGUUUGUUGACUGACAGUCCAGCAAAACCUGCAGAGGAGACAGAGACUGUGGUGCAUUCAGAGGUGUGUGGGGAAAAAACCUUCAGUCAAACAACAAAGACACUGCUUGAAAGGUUGCCAAACACAAUGGCCCAGAACCUGUCUGUACCUCUGGCAUUUGUGGCUUUGCUUCAUCUCGCCAAUGAAAAGAAUCUAGAGUUGGUGAAGGUUGAUGACAUGUCCGAUAUCAUCAUCAGACAAGGCCAUUGAGAAGAAAUAAAUAACCUGGUGUUACAUGGAGAAUUCACUGCUCACCUUUCAAACAAUUCCUUUUACGUCUCCUUUUUAAAUGUGUCUCUUUCUAAUUAUUGUUUUAAACCCAUCACAUUUUUACCAUGUAUAUGUAUAUUAUCAAAUACAAAUAAAAAAAGCCUUUCACAUUUUA